AUGUCUGAAGAGAAGGGAGAUAAAGUGAGUAGUUGGGCUCGUCGUAACCCCAACGGCCUGCAGCCGUUCUGCCCCUUUGCGGAUGACUAUGAGUUAUCUGGUUGUUUGCAUUACAAUGUACCACCUGUCCGAUUAGGGAUAGAAGAAUCCUCUUCGGGUGCGGUGCGUCCUCCGCGGUGGCACGGCUACACGGGGGCGAAAUCCUUUUUCACUCAGCAACCCAUGCCAGGAAAUUCACAUCUCCUCCUAAGUGGGGUACACGCUCCGAGCCACAAUGAGACUAACGCCACCAUCGACACAAGGCGCAACUCGAAUCAGCAGAAGCCCCAGGAUGUGCCUUGUAAUACUGUGACAGUGGCUUCUUCGUCAGACAAUGACAUCAUGUCAACCGUAGUCCGACCCGAAAGGCACCCUUGUCAGGUUGAUGUUACAAUUUCACCACUCUGGCGCUAUGAUGGAUUCGACCACACAUUUCAGACUACCAGAGGAUGA